AUGGACUGUAAUAGGGAUGAGGGAACUGCUGCUCAUGCUGGCCAGCUUCCGGGUCAUUUCAGAAUUGAUCGUGACCUUUGGUCGACCGAGCGCUUUUGGACGAGUAACGUGUUGUACACCCUGGUAUGGGCAGGCUCUGGGUGGAUGUGGAACCGCGCUUGGGGGCCAUACGCACUGGCUACUCUCGAGCACCUCGAUGUUGAAUCUCCGAUCCGUAAAAAUGCCGAUCGUUAUAUGGAGAUUUCUACGGAAGAUGUUGAGAAUCCCGAACACGCCCUGAGCAAAGUUCACGAAGCCUUGUCGACGCACCCACUGAUCGCCGUCCCGUGGCCGGUCUUGGUUGAAAGAGCAUGGAAGCUUCAGCCAAAGAAGGUGGCGCUCACAUGUGGAGACCAGACGAUCACUUACGAAGAGUUUGUGGCAUAUGCCGGUAUUGUCCAGCGUAUGUGCAUGCGUACGGUGGAGCGAGGUGCACAUGUUUUGGUGACCUUCUCGGACUCCCCGUGCUCGAGACUCACCUGGGCCGUGGUUAUGUAUGCCUUAGCCGCUUCGGGAGUGCCUUUUUCUUUGAUGGAUCGACGCACUUUGACCAACGCUCCUGCUCGCGAGAGAAUGCUUGAGCGUUGGGUGCCGAAAGUUUGGAUUUGCUGUGAUCCGGAGGCUCAUGCUGCUCCGGUCGGUGGUAUGGCGAGCAUCCCUUGUCGCACAGAUGUAGCGCUGGACUUUAUUAACAAGGAGGUCGUGGUCGAUGGAAUGAGCAGCCCGGUUCAAUUCCCUGUAGAGGCACCCCAAAUACUGGCGACAGCGGAAUCGCCGUGUUUUGUGGACUGGACGAGCGGGAGCACGAGCGGCCUCCCGAAAGGUGUUGUUACUACGCACAAAACCUUAAUUAAUAUGAUGCUUUGGGCGUGGAGCGACGAACGCAUGUUUUUCAACAGCGGAGCGAUGCGGGAGGUUGUUGCUGCAAAUCUCUUCCUGUUGUGGUAUUGGUGGCAGCCCCUUUGUAUCGGCGCCUCGACGGUGCUGAUCCAAGACAAGGAGCUGAACGAUUUGGAGGUGCAUGCGAGGAAGCUGCGCUGUGAUUCUGUGACUAUUGUGGAUUGCAUGACGCCUUCCCUACUAGGAGCUAUGCUCGACUAUAUCAGUGGCGAGGAUGAUGAGGAACUCGAACGCCUUCCCCCUAAGGUGGUGGUCAGCGGCGAACCUCUUUCAGUGCAGGUAUGUCGGAAGUUCUUCGAGACUCAACCUGAAGGGUCGCGCAUCAUCAACUUGUUCUCGACUACUGAGACCGGAGAUGCGGCAUUUUGCUCUAUUCUCAAGGAGGAACUACCUCUGUGGUCGGAAGCUAUGGCGUUUGCUCCGAUUGGAAAUCCCAUAUGGAACGUGAAAUUGCACAUAGAGGAGAUAGAUGAAAAAGACGAAGCGGGCGGCGGGGAAGGAGAGCUUUAUGUGGAUCAUAUUGGCGGCACGAUGGCCUAUGUAGAGGACAGCGAGCAGACCGCAGCGGGGUUCGGCUCCGGGUAUGGAUGGAGAUCUCGGGACAGGGUGAAACCCAUCGACGGACUCGGCCUGGCUAUCGUGGGAAGAGCUGAUGAUAAUGUCAAGAUCCGUGGCUUCAAAGUUGACUUGCGCCUGGUCGAAGCGAAGGCUCGAGAUUUCGUGGGGGUGGGGGAAGUGUGCGCGAUGCCUGCCCAGGAUGAGCUCGUGAUCGCUUAUACAGCGCCCGCUGGGGCUGUGGAGCCCCAUGAUCUCCUCGACUUUCUCCGUGCCGAGGACCUCCCCGCAGGGCAUGUUCCGCAGAGGGCGGUUCAUUGGCAAGGGGCCUUCCCUAUGAUGAAAACGGGCAAGAUCGACAAGGGUAAGGUCAAGGAGCUUAUCGCUAAUGUGAGGAGGGCUCGUGCGAAGAGUUCGCAAGACACCCUCAAUGCUAGUAAAAGCUCCAUGCGUGGACAGAUCGAGAAGCGAGUGGCUUCUGUCUGGGAGGAUACUUUGGGCAUCGAUUUCUCUCUUGAUGGGUCCUUUUGGCGCCAGUGUGGUGGUCAAUCUUUGACGGCGAUGAGAAUAGCGGCAGCGUUGAGGAUUCCAGCGAAGUUCAUUUUGGACGGCACAUUGGACACUCCGAGAGACAUCAUAGACUUCUUGACGCAAGGUCGUGAUGCGCCGAGGAGGAAUUUGCAGCUUGGGACCAGUUUAGGGCGGAGCGAUGCGAACGAAGAUCGACGGAUUGCUGUUGUUGGAGCUAGUGGAAGGUGGCCUGGCAUCGGCCAGACUAGUUUUUCGGCUCUUCUCGAGGCCCUCAGGGGCGAGCCGGCCGCGUUCAAUCCUUUCUCCCCUCCUCCUGAUGGGCACACCGGCGUUGGUAAGUCACCGAUCUACUACACAGCUGCUAUUGUAUUGGCAUUAGGUAAUGUGCCCGGCGGUUACUAUCUAGACCCACAUCUGGUUUCUGGCUUCGACGUUGACUUCUGGUCCCGUAGAGGGGUUUCGGAUCCCCUCCUGUUGGAUCCUCAUCAACGCAUGUGGCUGGAGAUGGCCUACGAAGCGCUCACUGAUGGAGGCAUGGGCCCUGCCAUAGAGACGGGGGAAGCGAUAAACUGUGGGGUAAUGUUGGCAUCGGAGGGAGCCUCAGCUGUGGCUUAUUAG